UUCAAGGGUGCAAACUGUAGUUUUCCCUAAAUUAUAUACAUACAGUCAACACAGGAGACACAAUCAACAGCAUUGUUUCAACUUGAUGCAAGACAUUAUUAUUUUCUAAAAACAAUUCUAUUUUUAGUCAUAAAAAAACAAAAAAUUUAAUUUAUUUGUUUUAAUAAAUAAAAAUAAGUUGAUACCUAAACCUACUCCAUCGACGAAAUUUCUUAGAGACCCCAUUCUCCAUCUCCAUCUCCAUCUUGAAUGAUAUUUUCUUCAAUCUCAUAUACACAGACAGUCAACGUGAUGAGUUGACUGAAUGUAUAUAAUUGUCUUCUCCACUCAUUCCAUUCUCUCUCUCUCUCUCUCCUCUCUUUCUCUCUCUAGCUUCAUUCCAAAUUGCAAUGAAAUUAUCCGCCGAUAAAAACACCAGUCUCCUCCACGGAGAAGAGAAUCACCAUGAAAAGUUAUCGAAAUUUCGGGCAAGAAACAAAACCAUAAUCCUCGUAUCCACUGCCUUUUUCAUCACUCUAACCCUAAUCAUAACCGCCUUAAUUUUUCAUCUUGUCCGAAACAUCCGCUCCCAGCAGUCUGAUCCGUACACAAUCCACUUACUCCCUGUAUCCCAACUCCAAUCAUUCCACCCUUGCAAUAUGACGUCGUGUUCAGGAACUAAUUAUUCGGACCUACCCGAACCCGCCGUAACCGACCCGAACCGGGUUUUUAUUCUCUCCCUCCAAGCAGCUGCCGUACAGCUUCAGAACAUCACUUCCUCGUUGACGACGACAACAACCAGCAGCAGCUUCAACAACUGCUCCGUUUCACUGCGACACCGGUCGGGUCAGAUCCGGGAGGUUCUGGAUACUAUGCGGGUCGACCCGUUUGUGGGGAGGCUGAGUAUGGAGCAAAGGUUUGAGAUUAUGAAGAGGAUCUCCGUGGCUAAGGAAAAUCUGAUGUCGUGCGUUCGUGGUAUGGGGGAGAUGGAAUCGACGGCUGAGAUUGAAGAAGUGAGAGCGGAGGUGCUCCGGGUUAUUGUGUACCUGCGUAGCAGUGGAGAGAAUCUAGUCCGGUACCGUAAGUUUGUGCGCGAGUUUCACAGUGACGUGGCUGGUGAUUAUUGGAGGAAUAUGAUAUCUGAUAAUAUGUUUAUUAUAUCUAUGUGUGGGCUGCAGUUGGUGUUCAUAUUUUUCUUGUAUUGGUCGUUAUUUAGAUUCGGUUGAUGCAGAAA